AAUAGACAAUUCUUCUUCAUGACAUUCCGUUUAUUAUGUAACAAGCAACAUCUCCUUUUUUUCGUUUUAGUUUUGGUUUACCCCUGAAAAUCAAACUCACUCAUUUGUCCCCACUUCAUUUUAUUAUCAUCAAUUCAUCACACUCAACCUAAACGUUACAAAAAGCACCCAAAAUUCAGUUGUAACUUAUCAAAGUUAGAAACCAAAUCACACAAAUUUUGAGCUGUGUUCUUUGCUUUUCUCUCUUUCUCUUUUUUUUUUUUUUUUUAUCUACAACAAGCAACCUCUAUUAGUUUCUUCAUUACAUUACCAAAUUUUCUCUCAUCAGAUAAGAAAGUUAGGUUUCGAUAUGGAUUCUACAACCAAGGGGGAUAGGAAGAUUGCACUUGAUCUUGCAUCAUGGCUGUUCAAUGUAGUCACAUCUGUAGGAAUAAUCCUUGUGAACAAAGCCCUGAUGGCUACAUAUGGUUUCACUUUUGCUACAACCUUAACUGGUCUGCAUUUUGCCACAACAACCUUGCUGACAUCAUUUCUUAAGUGGAACGGAUAUAUCCAAGACACUCAUCUUCCCUUGCCCGAUCUUAUCAAAUUUGUCUUGUUUGCAAAUUUCUCUAUUGUGGGAAUGAACGUGAGUUUAAUGUGGAACUCUGUCGGUUUCUAUCAGAUUGCUAAGCUGAGUAUGAUUCCAGUAUCUUGUUUCUUGGAAAUUGUCUUGGACAAUGUGAAAUAUUCAAGGGACACAAAGCUUAGCAUUUCUUUGGUUCUCCUUGGAGUUGCUGUAUGUACAGUCACUGAUGUGAGUGUCAAUGCUAAGGGUUUCAUAGCUGCUGCAGUGGCAGUUUGGAGCACCGCACUGCAGCAAUAUUAUGUGCAUUUUCUGCAGAAGAAGUAUUCACUUGGAUCUUUCAACUUGUUGGGCCAUAUAGCACCAAUUCAGGCAACAAGUUUACUGGUUGUUGGCCCCUUUCUUGACUAUUGGUUAACAAGAAAACGAGUUGAUGCCUACAACUAUGGUUUAACAUCCACUCUGUUCAUUGCUCUUUCGUGCACUAUCGCGGUUGGAACAAACCUUAGUCAGUUCAUAUGCAUUGGAAGGUUCACAGCAGUAUCAUUCCAAGUCCUUGGCCAUAUGAAGACUAUUCUGGUCCUUACAUUAGGAUUCAUCUUAUUUGGAAGAGAGGGUCUCAAUCUACAAGUAAUAGUAGGCAUGAUCAUUGCUAUAAUGGGAAUGAUUUGGUAUGGUAAUGCAUCUUCAAAGCCAGGAGGAAAAGAGUCUCGUAGUAGCUUGUCCAUUCCUAUUCCUACCACCAAAACACAAGAUUAUGAUUUACUACCGGUAGUAUCUGCUGAAACUGAUCACAGUGAUGAGGAAGUGUAAGUAUAAAGGGAUGUGAAACUUCUUCUACUCAAGUACAUUGAUUGGAAAAGUCAUGUAUUCAUUUGGUGAAUUGGUUCAUUAUCUUUAUAUAAUGUAAAAAUAUUUGGUCAAUUGUUUUCCUAUAUAGAUAAUCCAUAAUGAUUUGUGUUAUGGAGUUGGAGAUAACCCAAAGCUCUAUCUGAGUCUAUUUUUUUCCAUUUAUAUUACCCAUCUCGAAGAAAAUCAAGUUAUUCAUCUCUUGUACCCAAAGUUAAUUCUAUGUUUUUAUCAUUGUGGGUACCUAUCGUCGGUAUGCUAGAAUCAAGGUGGUCCAUCUUGAUUUUUCAAAA